AUGACUCAAAACAACAACACCAAGACACCCAACCCAUCCAACCCCUCAUCUCUGAAACCCCGCUAUGAGAUCCGGCAACUGGAGCCAAAGCAUUCAGAAUGGGCAUGUGCCAUCGUUAUCCACAGCAACCUCUUCCACUCGCCAGUCUGGCCUGUCCUGUACCCCGAAGGCCUCAACGCACGCACAUUUGAGGGUCUUGACAACGCCAGCUACCUCGUCAACCACCAGAUCGACAGCGGACACUCCUUUGGUGUCUUCGACACCGAGUACCAGUUCAAGCGCGAGGAAAGCAAGGCCACCGGCGGUAAGCUGUACUGGGACCGCAACGAAAAGAGUGUGCAGGAAGAGAACGGAAUGGAGGCGGAAGGUCAACGCUUGCUCGAGCAGAUGGACUUCCCCCUUGUGAGCGUCGCGCUGAGCUACGACGGCGCAGAUCCACUCGAUCUGGAGAAGCUGGGACCCCUGUUGGCUGUUCUGCCGCACUUUGGCCCUCUCUACCACGUUUUGGAGGUGCUCGACCCCCGUGAGAAGGAGAGCUGGGCACCAAAGGCGCAUAAAGAGGUUUUGAUGCGGAACGCGACUGCUACGCGGCACGACUAUGAAGGCGAGAAGAUCAUGGCGGGAAUGGCGAGAUGGCUGAUGCGCGAGGCGGAUGCGAGAGGUUUCAGGGCCAUUCAGAUUGAAUGCGUACACGAUGCUGUGACCCAUGUAUGGUCGGACCCUCCUGCACCGUACAAGGGCGGCAUUGUUAGUGAGUUCCAUACAGGCACUUUCAAAGAUGAAGAAGGGCAGCUGCUGUUUGCGCCUGCGCAGCAGAGGAUCACGAAAUGCUAUGUGGAGCUGAAGCCGAAGGCGCAGGAUUGA